UCGUUUUUUCUGAUAGUGUAGCCGUAGAGAAUCAAGUGUUCAUAAGCCAAGAAGAAAAAAACCGAGAAGAGAGAGAGAAAAAUUGAUAUCAGAUAACCGAUCCAUGGCCUCAGCCGGAGGAGCAGUGCCGUUUUGGCGAGCAGCAGGGAUGACAUACAUAACAUACUCCAACAUAUGCGCCAAUCUCGUCAGAAAUUGCCUCAAGGAACCUCACAAAACCGAAGCUAUCUCUCGCGAAAAGGUUCAUUUCUCUCUUUCCAAAUGGAUCGACGGAAAGCCUGAAAAACCUACUCUUCGCUCAGACACACCAGAACACUGAUUUGGAAUGGCUGGAACCUAUGCAUGUAGAAUUCUUUGAGAUCUGCUGGAAGUUGAUUUUCAUUUUGAACCUUUAUGUGCUUUUAUUUUCCAUUGUUCUUUUUUCUGUGAAUGAUGAGUUUUGCAGAGACAUAUGCAUGGUUAAUAUUGUAAUAAUUUAAGUUUGCACACAUAUGGUUUUAAACUUAUGAAAGAAUUUACUACUUGAUAA